UGUUUGGUUUUACUAAUAUUUUACUAACAAGUUCAUGUUUACAUCCGAUAAUUUCAGCGCAUCCUCUAACGGUCCCACCUCAAUGACGUCAGUGAUCUCGGUUCGCUUGAGGAACUGAAAGAGUUGGGUGCGAUACAUUUGAAGAAGUGCAAGAACAGCGGCUCAAGGUAGUUAAUGCUUCAGGGAGCUGAUGAAUCUAGGAUGGAUACUUUUGACGAUGCCACUCUAUAGCUGUUGGAGGCUGCCAGUGUUGAUGAGGAGGCUUUGAAAGGCCUUAGCCGGGAUGACCUGAGGGAUCUUUUUCCUGGCCCAGAGAAUUUCCUCAAAAGAAAGAAACUUUGGAAUUUCAUCAGUGAAAAUGUAAACGCAAAUUGGAAUGAGUUAAAAUUAGUAAAGAAUGAAUUGUACCAUAUUUUAAUGGUUCAAAUGCAUUUCGUUUUCAUCCUACACGAUCCUAAUAGUGUGAAAAUACAACGGACCAAGAUGCCAACAGUUGUGCCAUGCCACCAUGCCAGCCUCAAACCUCAACCCCCAUAUCUUCUGAGAAAAAAAAUGAAAAUGCCAGACCCUCCAGAGUAUGUGGUGUACACUGAUUCAGAGUUAGACAUGGUGCGUAGUCAAUACUUUGCACUGCUCUGCAAUGGAAAGAAAAAAAAUUACAAAAUGUCCAAGGAGCUAUGUUGCAGACUUGUAAGGAACACAAUAACCAGUAUGGUUGCUAUCCUGUGUGCUAGUCCCAUGGUGAAAGAAGUCAGAUACCCGUCAAAAUUGGAAAUGAGAGCCAUGUCACAGAAGAUUAUAGACUAUUACCCAAUGUUACGGGAUGAUGAUCCAAACAUGCCAUAUCUGACCAUCUACACCAAAAUGUACAAGCGACUCCAAAAUAUGAGAUCCCCACGGAAGAGGCAAGGCUCUGUACCACAAAGAGGAGUGGCAAAGACGGCUCUCUUCAGUGCAGACAACUAAGACAUAGAGACGGAUUGGACAGACACAAGCAACUCGAGUGAUGAUACCGUACUACUUGAGAGCAAGUGAUGACUUUAGCGAGGACAACUCCAGUGCAGCAUCCCCAGCACAACGACCCCCCUCUGUGCCAAGGAAGCCAAAGACCAAAACCCUGCCAUCCGCAUCAUCCUCAGGCUCCUCACUUGGGACUGUGAUCGCUUCACCAACCAUGCCUGCAAAGGAUGAUGUUGUCGGCCAGGACAGUCUGAAGAUGCAGGCUAGGCACUACAAAACCUUGAGCAACAUGUACAAUAAGCCAAAUGCAAAACCCAAUCAAAGCGAUGUUGCUCAAGUUUUGGACCUUGAGUUUAAGGCCAGACGGGCUUUCAUUGAUGCAGAUGUUACAAGGGAAGAAGACCGACCUGCAAAAAUCUUUGAGGCAUAUCCAUGCUUUAGAGAUGUUCGAAAUGCAAUGGAUGAGCUGCGGCGCAUAGUAGGUGGCACCAACAGCAGCUACAUCGAGGAAGUGAAAGGAAGAUGGGCAGACUUUUGUGCCAAGGUGCAGUUCUAUGGUGUGUGGAAGAAAGCCCUGAAACCCCCUUUUCCAUUGGAUGUCCGUGGAGUGGAGUUCAUGCUCGCCCUCUUCAAUGCACUCCCAUCCCUUUUCCCCUCACCAACUUCACCACCAAAGAAGCUUGGGAAUAGCUGUGAGGCACUUCUUCAUGUCCUGAAGUCAGGCGAAGACCCUACCCUGUACCUGGAGAAGCGUCCUCUCUCCUCCCCAGUUCUGCUUUCUGAUGGAUCAACCAUCAUCGUGGCUGUGGGUAACGUACCUGUGACCACCCUCCCUCAGGAAAAUUUCUCAGACGGGAUGUUGGUGUUAAUGGCAUAUUACUACACUUUGCACUUAAGAUAUCCGAAAUGUGUUGCUACUCUCCUGUCAGUUAUUCAAACAGAGGUAAUUGGUGACACAAUCCACGAUCAAGAUGCCACUAGUUCUUACAAGAAAGCAAUGGCUGAUUGGAAGUCUUUCAUUGAGAAGUAGCUGAGUAUUUUGUCAUGUCAGUUCUUUUUAUUGUUAGCUGUGCCAACAAUAGUUUUGUGUGUGUUGCGCAAGCUUAUACAGUGUCACUGAGGUAUUACUUCAUUGAGGCCUGUAUUUCAAAGGAUAUGUUAAAUAAAAAAAACAUA